AUGUUCCCAAAAAGAAAAAAAGCGAUUACACUAUUAGCUCCUAAAACUUUAGCUUCUAAAAUGUUAGCACCUAAGUCUUUAGCUCCAAAACCUUUAGUGGCUAACCCUUUGCCUUCUGAAACUUUGCCUCUGGUCAUCCAUCCUUCUCCUUUAUCAAAUUUAACAAACAAUUUAUUGUUACAACAAUGGCAAUUCCCCACUACACAAUUUCAG